UGCGCGAAGCCAGUAACGCCUCUUCGGCCGCAAGCGGACGGAGCCGAGCGAGGGACGAGGACGCCAUUUCGCUUCCGACCCGACACUACAACAAACACCAGUCAGUUCGCAGCCGAGUGAAGUUGCCGUUUCAAAAUGCCGGAGGCGUAUAAACAGGGUGAUUUGGUAUGGGCCAAAAUGAAGGGCUUCUCGCCAUGGCCAGGCCGCAUCACUGCUCCUACCAGCAAAGACCACAAAAAGCCUGUAUCCAAGAAGGGAGCUUGUCAGUUUGUCUUCUUCUUUGGAACAAAAAACUUUGCUUGGAUUGAAGAAAACAAUAUUAAGCCCUACUUACCACACAAGGAGGAGCUCAUUAAAGCUAAUAAAACAGUCCCUUUCAAAGAAGCUAUUGAAGAAAUUGAAAACUACAGGAAGGGAAACGGAACUGACACUUUUGAUGUGACAGAUACUGUAGAUGAGUUUGACCGUCUGAAAGAGUCUGUUACUGUAAAGAAGGAACCUAAGUCAUCUCUUCUGAGAAAGAACCACACUAACAAAACACCAAAGCGCUCAUCACCUACUAUUUCUGGUCCAGGUCGCAAGAAGGCAAGGACCACAUCCUCUGAGGAUGAACAGGAUGAGGUUGCUAGUAAACGAUCUAGCCGUAGUGAUGAAAUUAGUGUUGGUAACCAUAGCUCUCCAGCCCGUAAAGGAGUAGGUGUUGCCUCAAUUUUAGAUCGUCCAUUCACUGCUGUUCGCCCUGUAACACCUACUUUAGAUCUGUCAAGUGUGUCCAAAAUUCUGAAAGAGAAGAAUAUCAACCCAUCUCAACUUAAGUUCGGUUUCCUUGGUUUGGGCAUCAUGGGAUCCGGAAUGGUGAAAAACCUGAUCAAUUCUGGUCAUUCAGUUGUCGUCUGGAACCGCUCUCCUGAUAAGUGUGACGAGUUCGUGAAAGUCGGCGCUGCCCACGGCCUCACCCCUUCCGACGUGAUUCAAGCCGCCGACGUUACAUUCGCCUGCGUCGCCAACCCUCAGGCUGCCAAAGAUAUGGUGUUUGGCAACUGUGGUGUGCUGUGUGAGAUAGGACCCAGCAAGGGCUACGUUGAAAUGACCAACAUUGAUGCCGAAACUUCAAAAGAUAUUUCUGAGGCCAUUAUGACCAAAGGAGGGCGCUACCUGGAGGCUCAGGUACAAGGUAGUAAAACCCAGGCCGAGGAUGGUACACUAGUUGUAUUGGCUGCAGGAGACCGUUCCUUGUUUGACGAUUGCCAAUCAUGCUUUGAAGCUAUGGGAAAGAACUCAUUUUUCCUUGGUGAUGUUGGCAAUGCAUCCAAGAUGAAUUUAGUCCUGCAGCUUGUGACUGGGGUGUGCCUUGCUGGAUUGGCAGAAGGCAUGGCAUUAGCUGACAGAGCUGGGCUGCAACAGAAGGAUGUGAUGGAGAUCCUAACUCUCACAAAUCUCAAUUGCCCACUCAUCUAUGAAAAGGGAAAUGCCAUCAUCGAAGGAGGUUUCCCCACUCAUCAGGCACUACAACACAUGGCCAAGGACCUCAAGUUAUCAUUGGGCAUGGGCGACAGCCUGGACCAUCCCCUCCCAAUCACUGCGUCAGUCAACGAGGUGUACAAACAUGCCAAGCGACUUGGCUAUGGUGACCAUGAUGUGUCAGCUGUUUAUAUUCGCACACGUUUUUAGAGUGAAAGAGACAAAGACAAGUAUAUUUCUACCUGUGUAAGAGACAAAGAAAAUGUAUCAAUUGUGUUCAUGUCUGAGAACUUCUGUGACGCAGACUGGAGUUUCCCUGCUCUUUUAGUGUCAAAGAUUCAUUAUUGUCAGAGAUGAAUUGCAAAUGAUUUUAUAUGUAUAUUAUGUCAGAGGUUUUGACGUACCUCAUAUAAAAGAGUAACAAACUUAGAACACAAGUACGCAUGUCCAUGUGUGCGUGCAUGUGUGUCGUGUGGGUGUGUGUGUGCAUGUUAGUCUUUCAGUGCUGAACAAAAGUGACUAUGAACAGAAUGAAAGAAUUUUCCACAUGGAACAAAGAAUAUUGCUGUUAACUUUGUUUCCUAUCUCACAUUUCUCCCUUGAAAAUGAAAUUAGCCAUUUUUAUGUGAAAGUUAUUUCUUGUGAUGUGCAAGGUACACACUUGAUUUUAUCAUAUAUAUUUUUCUUUUUCAUGUAGUAGAGAGUAAAAUGUAUCGGCCCUUAAGUGAAAUUUAUUGAUUUGUGAGGACUGUGACUUUGAUUAUGAUUUGCAAGUUGCUGACCUGGACAUGAACUGUUGUUUUCUGAUUCUCUUUUAUUGAGCAUUAUGUUCUUCUACAAUGAAUGACUUGGCCAUUUUGCGGGUAACUGUGAGUUACUAGUGAAUGAUUGUGUACAUACCUUUGGAAAAAAUUACCUUUAAGAGAUCUUUGUUCUUUAUAAUGCAGCUGAAUUGUAUGAAGUACUUUUUUGUAUAGUUUCAUAUCCAUUUAUUGACAAUGCAUUGAACAGCAUUUCAAGACGCCUUUUGUACACAGAUUUUGGGUGGUCAUAUUUUUCCACUAUCCACCCCACUUUAAUGGGUGUGUACCCUGAAAUUGAGGGUGCCACUGUACUACAAAGUUUUAUCAUUUAUGUGAGCAUGGAGCCUUUCCUCUUUUGUUUUCUUUUUCUGUGAGAUGUCUCCUGUUCUUAAAUAUUGUGCAAUAGAAAUUGUUAAAGUUAGUCUUUAUCUGAGAGUUAGUUAAUUGUGCAUUUACCUGGAUGCAUCAUUUUGUUUUUCUAGGAGAUGUACAAAAUAACUAUGAUUGAAUUUUUGUACCUAUUGUCUGAAACUUUGUCAUGUCUGAAAGAGCAUGACAAUUUUACUGUCUCUUUUAACUAUUAAGUGUGUGAAUUUUCAAGUCUUUAUAAUAACAAUAAGCUAUAGUCAGCUUUUAUUUGUGUUGGUUCUGGACAUUGCUCAUGUCAUCCCUGAGCAUCACAUGGAAUUUCUUAAUGCUAUUCUCUUAGUUAUUUUGUAUGUUUUCUGCACUAUGCAUACUACUCAUGAUUCUACCUUGAUGUUUUGUGUAUGUAUAAUUGAUGUGAAAAUUUUUACUAGUAUCUUAAUUUAAGCACUUUGUGUCUCUUCAGUAACUGACUUAGUAUUGUACUUUAGAAGAGAAAUGAAGUAAAAUGUCUCAUUAUUCAUGUCUGAAGGUAGAUGAUUUCAUUUAAAGAUUUUUUCAACCACAA